AUGGCCCAUCAACCAGAACGUCAAAACUCAAACAAUAUCUCUACAUACGAUGAGGACCUCAUGGUAUCUAGUCCCACAUCACGACUAUUCCAUGUAUACAACAAACGGCGCAGAAACGACUUCGCCAUCUCCACAGCAGACAAAACCCCUUUAGCAUACGUGCGAUGCUCAACUUUCACCAUCGGCAAACCUGACCUGACAUACCACGCCGGUGAAACAGACCAAGCCCCCGUCGCCGCGAUAUGCAAAUUCAUCAACUUCUCACGGCACUGCAAAGUCGGAUUUGGCGAUUCAAACGAUCCUAAUAUCGUCUGGGAAGACUUGAAGCGGUACAAAUUAACGACUCACUAUCGGAUUGAAAUGACGCUGGACGGAGACGCGAGAAAGGCCUUUGUGUGGAAACGAACACAUAAUGCCGGUAUUGGAAAUGAUACGCCGUCUAAGCUGAGCACGAAGAAUUUCAAACUUAUUGACGAGCAGACGGAUGAGUUGGUUGCAGUCUAUUUGAACAAUGGAGUUAAGAGUUGGGAGAAAUGUGGCAAAUUUCAGAUCAAUGUCGACUAUGGGAGGCAGUUUGAUGUAAUGGUGCUGAUCACGGGGUUGUCGUUAUUGGAGAAAGAGAGACGUCGGGAGAGAAGACAUAAUAGCUAG